AUGACAAACUCGUCGCUACUCCAGACAGCUCUCCAAAACCUCCACGUUUCGCAACAGAUCCACCAGCAAUCCCAUACCCCCAACCCACCCUCUUCCCCGGGCUCUACCUCUUCUCGUCUCUCAUCAGGAGCCAACACACCGCCGUUCUCAGACUACGACACGGAUGAAGACGAGCUGGUGGCUGUCGGCAAGGGCACACGCCCGGUGACACCGACUGGUGGGAAAUUUGGCGGAAGACUGCCUAGUUUGCUGGGCGGCAAAUCAAGAGAUCCUCUCCGAGUCCUACCCACGCAUCUAUCUGUACGGAUAUUCUUGAUGUUGGACAUCCGGGCUUUGGCCAGAUGUGACAGAGUCUGCAAGAGAUGGCACAAGUCGUCCACACUCAAUUACGUCUGGUUCUUACAGAACCGUAACCUGCUUCUCCCUCGCAUCAGCGCGCCCGAGGGCGACAAGGGCGGCAAGACUCGUAAAGUCGACGACGAGAUUGAGUUCUAUGACCCAUACGACAAAUCUCCUCGCCUGUCUUCUCUUCCUCCCCCUCCCAUUCCAUCGUCGGCGCAGCCACAAUGGACCAAGAUAGAGAGCAAGAAGGAAUGGAAAAAAGCUUUCAAGCAUACGUUCAAGAGGACAGAUCCCACAGCAGAGCCCGAGCCUGAGAGGGGUAGAGUUGACAUUGCGAGCUUGCAUUCGUCUGGCUACUCUACCCCUACAGGUGGUCAUGGGUACGCUGGCAUGGGCAGCGGGGGCGCCUCAAGGUGGGAGCCUGUUGCUGGAGAGGCACCGUCGUCCACGGAAAGAAAGUUGGCGGCGAGAGAUGCUUACAAAGCGUUGGGCGGGAGGAAGAGCAGAGUAAAGAGAAAGAUGGGCGGAGACAUGGGCUCAAAAGAUAAGGGAGGGGCUUUGGACGACGGCAGGUUCGAUGCUCCUUGGUAG